AUGGCAAGUGAGGGCCUCUCCUGUGGAUCGGACUGUGGUGGGAUCUCAUGGGACUAUGAGUUCCAGCAGCUGACAUUCUGUGGUGGCCUGUAUGGUGGACUGCUAGGCGUCGGCCUGCUCCUGUCCAUCACCGCUGCCACGUCCAACCUGGACUCGUGGCGGCUAAGAUUGGAGCUGCAAUGCAUCAGGCUCAACACGUCGAAGCUGUGGCUUGGCCUUGACUUUGUACUGGCAGUGAUCCAGAGCAUCCACUUCUGCGUGCGAACGUACACAACAUCUCUGCCCUUUGUUGGCUUCAUUUUGGAAGCCAUCCCGGCGUUCUACUUCUUGUGUUACUUGCUGCCAUUCUGGGGCUUUGCACACUGCGAGGGGAUCCUCUCAGGAUUCUACUGGAUGCUGUUUGACCGGGCGAUUCCAGACUCCAUCCUGAUAGGAUCCAUAGCAAGUCUGCCCGUGGCGGAGUUCCAGGGCAAGAAGACUUGGUUCGCGCCGUCCUGGUUGGCUGCCUUCCACCUGUUGCGCUCCUGGAGCAAGCUCCUAAGAGUCUACAAGAUCAACCUCGAGAUGUUUCGCAACCAGUGCGUGGACAUCUUGAUCUCGACGUUGUUCAAGGUGUAUCUCAUGGCCAUGAUGAUGCUCACCUUCGAAAACUUGGGUGAUCCGCCUUUCCUGCAGGAGUUCUCACAGGUGAAGUGGAACACGAUUUCUUCCAUUUACUUCGUGCUGACGAGCGUGGCCACCGUGGGCUUCGGGGACUUGGCCCCGGUCAGCAGUCUCGGCCGUAUGUGUACAGUCUUUGCCAUCUACAGCGGCCUGGCAUGGACGGCCACCGCCGCUUAUAGGUGCCUUCAGAUCCUUGCGGUGAAUCAAACGGGUGGCGGCUUCUUCGAGCCCGUCCUACAUAGCAAGUACAUUGUGGUCAUUGGAAACCCGACCGGCCAGAUGUUGAGGAACUUUAUCGCCGAGAUCUUUCACCCAGAUCAUGCCGAGGAUGCAGAUGAUCUUCACGUCUCGGUUAUUCUUCCCCCAGGGCAUCCGGGUCAAGAGUUGGUCAACGAGUGGCUGCGCCAGCCACAGAACAUGCGGAUGCUGCCCCGAGUUCACAUCUUCCUGGGAACCGCGCUGAGCGACCAAGAUCUGAAUCGGGUGACGAUCAGUGCCGCCACGUGCGUGUUCAUUCUUCCGAAUCUUCUUUGCCAGAGCGUCAUGCAGGAGGAUACGGAGAACAUCAUCCGGAUGAUGGCCGUGCAGCGACUGGUCCCCAAGGCGCGAUUUAUCCUGCUCCUCCUACGGGCUGAGAACCGGAAGUUGCUCACCGAGGCCCACAUGGAUGGAAACGUGACCACAGCGGCCUACGACCAGUUCAAGCUGGAGAUGGCCGGCAAGUCCUGCAUGGUACAUGGCUUUGCGCCUUUGCUCAGCAACCUCUGCAAGUCAAUCGCGAUUGAUGAGGACGAUGACGAGGAGGAUGGUGAGUCGGAAAACAAGCCGCAGUGGAAGAAGGCCAUGCAGGCAAUGGACGGUGAUGGAGAUGGUGGCGGGGUUAUGGCUGAUGUAAAGGCGGCCGAGUUCUUGAUGGUCAUGGUGCACUACAGCUGGAUCACGGUGCUGGUCCUCUGCCUGCUGGGACUCGGAUCCUACAUGUCCUACAAAAGGCUCAGGGAGCACGGUGGCCACGAGACCGUGCGGCACACGCCUGGGCUCUUGGCAAACGGCGGCUAUCCUUUCAUACUUCGGGGGGUCCUCGGCACCACCUUCUUCAUGCUUGCCGUGCUGCCGUUGUUCCUGAUCGUUUGCGCUACUGUGUUGGGUCUGAUGCUAGCUGCCGUGGAAGAGUGGGAGGCGGGAAUUGGGGCGGAGUAUCUCCUCUCCAAUGUCCUCGGCAUGACUGCGCCCCUGACGAACGUCGUUCCAGAGGACACCUUUGGCAUUCACUUUGCGAUCAUACUGAACAUGUAUGCUGUCGUCGUGGUCACGACAGCCAUGGGCCUGGUGGCAAACAUGUCACUCAUGCAGGCCAUCAGUGCAAAGGUCCCGCAGACUGCGUGCGGUUUCGUUGCCUUCCUGCUGCUGGUUGUGCCCCUCAUCAUGUUCCUCACCACUUGGAUUAUCGGCUGCGUCAUUGCGCUGGUUGAAGGCUGGUCACCUUCGGAAGGCUACUACUUCAUGGCAGCUUCAAUGGCGAGCCUCGCCAACCCAGUAACGAACCUGGAGCCGGAGACGGCUUUUGGCGCCUUCUUUGAGUGCCUCUGCCUGUCGGCUGAGCUUUGUCUGGGAGGAUGCAUCCUGGGUCUCGUCGCCUCGCAUCCGGUCACUACGCGACUUUGCGACUUCUUCGAAGGCACGUCGAGGCUUUCCCACUCCCAAUCGCAGAUCGGCCUGUCAGCCUACACACUGGAAGAGCUCACAGCCAAGCUAGCGGAGAUGAGCAAGGUCCUCGACCAAGUCCCGGAUGAAGAGGCUGGUCCCUUUCAGGAUGAGGUUGCGCAGCUGAAAGCCCAGCUGAGCGCCGGGGAUGCUUCCGACUGCAUCGGGCAGCUGACAUCGGAGGUUUUCAAAUUAGAGGCGCGCAUCCAAAUCUCUUCGAGUUCCAAGGACGAUAGAGACACCAAGGACCCGUACCGGGAGCUUGCGGAACUCCGAGCCAGAAUAGCAGAGCUAGAGGAGCAGGUCAAGCAGCCAGCGGAAGUUCAGAUUAAUGAGCACUUGGGUCUCUGCACCCAGAUGGGCUGGACAAAAGUAGGCCCCGGAGUUUCGGAUUUCGAGCGUGGUUGCGGCUUGGAAGUUUACGAGGUGGAGCUCAGCCCCACAUACUCGCAGAGAGAUGCCACCUUCAUUGAGGUUGUUGUCGAUAUCAUCGAGCAGACGGGUGGCUUGGUGUACCUGGUCGGUUUGGUCGAAGCUCGGCAAGACUCCAAGAAGGUGCUCAUCAACCCAGGUCCGAACUACAAGAUCAAGCAGGCACUGCCCGGCUUCAAGAUCAUGGGCAUCUUCCUCGCCUCGGAUCGUGAGGCAAUCAUGCAGUGUGAUGUUGGCAUGGUGUUCCUUGGACGGCGGGAGCGAGUAUCCAUGGACGAGGUCCGCUUCCUGUUUGUGGUAUCAAGUGGCGAGCCGCCGAAGAUCGUCCAGAAGGAGGAGGAAGUUCCGGAACUCGCGCACGUGAGCAUGAAGCCGGAGCACAAGGCGGCCGCCAUCAACUUGGCGAGGGUCUCUCGGAGGCACCAGAGAUCGCUGAAGCCGAUGCGGCCUCCCUUGAAGCGGCUAGCUGUUGGUGGCCACAUCCUUAUCCUGGCAGUGGGCACAGAGACCACCGAGGACCUACGACUGGGCAUCGAGCACUUUGUCAAGCCCCUGCGUCAAAGCGUCCUCAGCGCAGAGGACAUCAUCCCAGUCGUUGUAUUGUCGGCGAUGCAGCCAAGAGACUGGUUCAACGUGGAGACCAGUGAGCAGGUCUACUUCCUCCAGGGCUCCCCGACAUCCAUGCUGGACUUGCAGCGGGUGAACUUCACAGGUGCAUCGGCAAUCUUUAUCACGCACGGCGGCGCGGGCCGUCAUGACGUCGAGAACAAGGAGAGCUGGACAGUUGACUUCGAGGUGAUCUGUUGUACCCGGCUCGUGGAGUCCCAGCUGCCGAUCGGCUCCCACACGCUGGUCUUGUCCGACAUCGUCGUGGACUCCAACCAUCCCUUCUUGCCGCUGCCCGCUACCAAGAUGGAGGGGCAAGAGGAAGAUCUUUUUCAGCGCAGGCGCUCCGAAGCCAUGUCCAUCCUUCCUCCUCUUGUUGCAGCGGCAGGUGGAGGCGUUCCUGAGCUCCUUUGGAAAUCGAUGCCGGAGGCUCCACCUUUCACGGCGCUGCUUGGGUCAAUCUUCCUCUACAACACACCGCACAUGGUGCGAGCGUACUUCAUGACAAAGGGUGCUGGAGGCCUGGCCAAGAUCAAGAAUGAGAACCCCAGAGGUCAGAAGGAAGAGCUGUCGAAACACCCAGUCUACGGCGAAGCGAUCGUGAGGGCAGAGGCAGCGCAUCAAAACGGCUUGGAGUCCUUCCCUGUGUUUGCAGCUGGUGUGAUUGGGGCCACUGCCAUGGGGGUCGACAAGGCGACAGUGGGCAAGCUUGCAAGCUUCCACCUCUUGUGCCGGGUCGCCUUCAAUGUCCUCUACAUCGGAUUCAACACGCCCGGCCCGGCGCUGGGCCGAUCUGCCGUUUGGGCCCUGUCACUCCUUAGCUCCUGCCACUUGAUUGCCCUAUCUGCUUUGGCCGCAAAAUGA